AUGGGAAACAAGAGGCGGAAGCUAUCCUGUGGUAGCUAUGAAGUCUUGUCUACACCUAGAGACAAACCCUCGGGAGAAGGAGAAAACGACACCAAUUCAAAAGAUCGAAGGCGCUCACUCUUCGUCCGCUCUCUACCUGCGUCGGUCACGAGCGAACGACUCACCGAACACUUUUCGCAAUCAUACCCCCUGAAACAUGCUACGGUCAUACUCGACCCCGAGACCAAAAUCUCAAAAGGCUUCGGUUUUGUAACCUUUGCCGAUGCCGAAGAUGCACAUGCCGCCGUUACGCAGUUCAACGACUCGGUCUUAGAUGGGAGAAAAAUAAAAGUUGAAAUUGCGGAAGCGAGACACAGAGAUACGGAAGAUGGCGGUAAAAGCGGCCCAAACACAACAGCUAUUCAGCUUCGAGCACAAAGAGAGAAAGAGAGAGCAGGCCCACAGCCUCCGAAGCUGAUUGUGAGAAAUCUACCGUGGAGCAUCAAGACAUCCGAAGAUCUAGCAAUGUUGUUUCGGAGUUACGGAAAGGUCAAACAUGCCGUGGUGCCGAAGAAAGGGCCGAAAGUGCAAUAUGGGUUUGGCAUCGUCGUGCUUCGCGGUCAAAAGAAUGCGGAGAAGGCAAUUGCUGGAGUCAACGGAAAAGAGGUUGAUGGGCGCACGCUUGCUGUAGAUUGGGCCGUGGACAAGAAAACCUGGGAAGAGCAGCAACAUACGGUGUCAGAAGCAGGGCAAUCCGCCGCCGAGGACGAGGAGGAACCCCAUCCUCCACAAGGUCAUCGAGAGGGCGAAGACUUGGGAGGAGACUCCGGGGCUAAGUUGCAUGACACGGCGGUUGUUGACAGCGACAGCGACAGCGAAUCCGACGAAGUCUCUGGUGAGGAAGAAAUGGACAAUUUCCACGAAGAUAAUGACCUCUCCGAACCAGAAUCAGCUCAAACCGAAUCCACACAGGGCCAAGAGCGACAUGACAGAGGAAACGAUACCACUAUCUUCGUCCGGAACCUGCCUUUCACCACGGAUGAUGAUACUUUGCGAGAACAUUUCUCCGAUUUUGGACCCGUUCGCUACGCACGAGUGGUUUAUGAUCAGGAUACAGAACGCCCGAAGGGAACGGGUUUUGUCUGCUUCUUCAACGUCGAGGAUGCCAAAGCAUGUGUUCGGGAUGCUCCGAAACAUGAAGCUGCCGGCGAGAACUUGAAGAGGGACAGGAAAAGGAAAGGGGAAACGCUGAAACAUUCCAUGCUUGAAAAUGAGGCAACCGAUCCCUCCGGCCGAUAUACGCUCGAAGGCCGCGUUCUCCAAGUGUCGAGGGCGCUCAGCAGAGAAGACGCGGAACGAAGAGCCAAUGAAGCAAGUGAGAAGCGAGACGCUCGAGAUAGGGACAAGCGACGCCUGUAUUUGCUUUCUGAAGGCUCAAUUUCCAAGUCAUCCAAAUUGUACCAUCAACUGGGCAAAGCGGAGAUUGAUAUUCGAGAGAGCAGCCAGCGACAGCGACAGCGACUGAUCAAGAGCAACCCCAACCUCGGUCUCAGUCUCACUCGACUUAGUGUCAGGAAUAUUCCUCGCAGUAUUGACAGCAAAGAGCUGAAGGCUCUGGCUCGAGAGGCGGUGGUCGGGUUCGCCAAAGAUGUCAAAGCUGGCCUUCGGGACCCUUUGAGCAAGGAGGAGCUAAAGCGAGGCGGGGAUGAGAUGCGUGAAGCUGAGCGGAGAAGAAAGCUCUCGGGGAAAGGUAUUGUGAGACAAGCCAAGGUGGUGUUCGAAGAUAAGGAGGGUAGCAAAGUCAAGGAAGGAGCAGGCAGGAGUCGCGGUUAUGGAUUCAUCGAAUAUGUCAGUCAUCGAAAUGCGCUUGCCGGGCUGCGCUGGCUCAACGGACAUUCGGUAAAAUCCUCUUACGAUGGUGGCGGUGAAAAGGGAAAGCGACUCAUUGUCGAAUUUGCUAUUGAGAAUGCCCAGGUCAUACAGCGAAGGAACGAACGGGAAAGAAAAGCCAGAGCGGGUGGGAAGAUGAAGAACCAGGAUCAGGUCCAGAACAGAACUGAGAAGACGGCUCCGGCCGCAAAGCGAAAGCGCGGUGAUAGAAACGAGAAGACCGCCUCGGAGGCAUCCAAGAGCCUAGACCCUGAUGAGAAAAACCGCCUUGCGAAACGGAAUCGAAUCGUUGCAAAGAAGCGUCAGGCGAGGAAAGCACGGAAGGGAUGA